UUGCGCCACCCGCCAGCUCUCCCUCCCGAUAUAGACCCGGGUGCGGGGGCCACAGGAGCGGGGAGCACAGACCCUUGAUGGAGGCCGGGCUGCUGAGCGCCGUCCUGGGCAUCAUCCUGCUGCAGGUGGAAAUGACCGCGCAGGACCUGGACCUGCAGAAGAUUGCAGGGUUCUGGCGGGAAGUUGGGGUGGCCUCCAGCCAAAACCUGGCACUGCAGACCCCAAAGAGGCUGGAGGCCUUGUUCCUGACCUUGAGUGGGGAGGAGCUGACUGUGAAGGCUGCGUAUAAUAGCUCAGGAAGUUGUGAGACUGAACAAAUAGUGAGCUCAGAAGUAAAUGUUUCGGGGAGAUUUGUUUUUCCUGGCCACAGGGAGAUCCAGGUGAUAGACACAGACUACGAACAGUUCGCCAUCCUGAGGGUGUCCCUCCACUGGCGGGACAAGGAGUUCCACGUGCUCAAGUAUUUCACUCGGAGCCUUGAGGGCGAGUAUGAACCAGGCUUCUGGAAGUUCCGGGAGUUGACCGCAGACACGGGGCUGUACCUAGUGGCCCGGCACGGGAGGUGUGCCAAGCUCCUGAAGGAGGCGAGCCUUUGCCCCGGUCUGCGCUGAGCCCCGCCCGAGUCCUGGCCUGAGGGGAGCCCCUGGGCCUCCGGGGUGGUGACACCAGGCUGCCAGAAGGGGACCCUGGA